CACGCACACAACCAGACACUGAGCUGCAACUCAGGAACAUAACACAGCCUGAGAAAGCUCUCACCAGACACUUCACCUGGAGAAAAAUCACUUCUUGGGACACGUCGAGUGAUAUGGGAUAACUGAUCAUCUUAUUCCCCUGCCAGAAUAAAAAAAGGGGGGACUGUGGAAAAGGGGGUGGUGCAUCUGAGCUGGAGAUCCUAUUACAGAGAUCCAGACUUUUUCAUGGCAAGUUUUUUGGAAGUGGGGGAGGGCGAAUCUACAACUUUCUCGGCCUGAUGACUUUUUUCAUACUCAGCUUAAACACUUCAAAUGAUACUUUAUAUGGUUCUGAGUUGAUGAUGCGCCUUUUCUAGAAUCGAGGACAGUUUAUUUGGAGCUGCUAGGAUUUUUUUGUUUUUUGGAUAAUGAAGGAAUUCAGGAGGAUCCAGCAAGAAUCGGACGAGAAGGGCAAAAUAAAAAAGUUUGGGAGGACUGCGAGAAAACUUUGAAGGCGUCCCGCAGAUUUCUCUCACCAUGCCGCGUUUGGAAACUUAUUCGGAAUCUAAUGAAGAAAACUUCAUCUUUAGGUUUCUUGGAAAAAAGUAUAACUGAAGACCCAGGAUUUAAAGUAAUCUCAGUUUUGCAGAGUUGAAUCUCUCUCUCACACACACUCAAGAUGUCUUCCCAGGCUUGGAGCCCCAUUGUUGGAUUUUACGGGAUGCUCUGCGUCUGGGCUGCCUGGCUUUCGGGCUCCGGCGCAGUGCUGUCUCCGAACGGGACGAUAUUUGAGGACAGAUGCAAGAAAACAACAACUUGCGAGGUACUUAAAUACAACACAUGUCUUGGAUCACCGUUGCCGUACACGCAUACUUCUCUGAUCCUGGCGGAGGACUCCAGCACCCAAGAAGAGGCUUAUGAGAAGUUGACCAUGUGGUCUGGUUUGCGGAAUGCUCCGCGCUGUUGGUCGGUCAUCCAGCCUUUGCUGUGUGCUGUCUACAUGCCCAAAUGUGAGAAUGGUCGAGUUGAGCUGCCGAGCCAGAGCCUGUGUUUGGCAACACGUCGACCAUGUAGCAUCGUGGACCAGGAGAGAGGCUGGCCAAACUUCCUUAAAUGUGACCAUUUCCCCAUGGGCUGUUCUAAUGAGGUGCAGAAGCUGAAGUUCAACACAUCAGGCCAGUGUGAAGCUCCCCUGGUGAAGACGGACAUUCAGUCGAGUUGGUACAAGGAUGUGGAGGGCUGCGGUAUCCAGUGUGACAACCCUCUGUUCACCGAGGAGGAGCACAAUGACAUGCACGCCUAUAUUGCUUACUUCGGCACCAUCACCCUCCUCUGCACCUUCUUCACCCUGGCCACCUUUCUUGCUGACUGGAAGAACUCCAACCGAUAUCCCGCCGUCAUUCUCUUCUACAUCAACGCCUGUUUCUUUGUGGGCAGUAUCGGCUGGCUGGCUCAGUUCCUGGAUGGAGCUCGCGAUGAGAUUGUGUGCAAGAGCGACAACACCAUGCGACUUGGGGAGCCCUCGUCUUCAGAGACGUUGUCAUGUGUCACUAUCUUCAUCAUCGUGUACUACUCCCUGAUGUCGGGUGUGAUUUGGUUUGUUAUGCUGACCUAUGCAUGGCACACGUCCUUUAAAGCCCUGGGCACCACCCAUCAGCCGCUGUCUGGCAGAACCUCCUACUUCCACAUGGUCACCUGGUCCAUCCCCUUUGUCCUCACUGUGGCCAUCCUGGCUAUCGCUGAGGUGGAUGGAGACUCUGUGAGUGGGAUCUGUUUUGUGGGCUACAAAAACUAUAAAUACCGUGCUGGGUUUGUGCUGGCUCCUAUCGGAGUUGUGCUUGUUGUCGGUGGCUACUUCCUCAUUCGGGGUGUCAUGACUUUGUUUUCCAUUAAGAGCAACCACCCAGGACUACUGAGUGAGAAAGCAGCCAGUAAAAUCAACGAGACAAUGCUGAGACUUGGUAUAUUUGGAUUCCUCGCUUUUGGCUUUGUUUUCAUCACCUUCGGCUGCCACUUCUACGACUUCUUUAACCAGGCUGAAUGGGAGAGGAGCUUCAGGGAAUAUGUGCUGUGUGAAGCCAACGUGACGAUCGCCUCCCAAACCAACAAGCCAAUCCCAGAAUGCACCAUUAAGAAUCGGCCCAGUUUGAUGGUAGAGAAAAUCAACCUGUUCUCCAUGUUUGGGACUGGAAUCGCUAUGAGUACCUGGGUCUGGACCAAGGCCACCAUUCUCAUCUGGAAGCGGACCUGGUGCAAGAUUAUUGGCCGUAGUGACAAUGAACCCAAGAGGAUCAAGAAGAGUAAGAUGAUUGCUAAGGCAUUUGCGAUGAGGAAGGAGCUUCACAAGGACCCCGAAAAGGAAAUGUCCUUCAGCAUGCACACCGUGUCCCAUGAAGGACCAGUGGCUGGAAUCAAUUUUGAACUAAAUGAGCCAUCCAAUGACAUGUCAUCAGCUUGGGCGCAACAUGUGACUAAGAUGGUGGCCAGGCGAGGUGCCAUAUUGCCUCAGGACAUCUCUGUUACUCCUACUGGUACACCAGUGCCACCUCCAGAGGAGAGGAACAGGCUAUGGAUGGUGGAAGCUGAGAUUUCACCAGAGAUGAUAAAAAGGAAAAAGAAGAAGAAGAAGAGGAAGAAGGAGGUGCGUCCAGUGGAGGAGGUGGUGGACCACCAGGCUUAUCGCCAGCGAGAGUUUGGUCGCAGUUCAGUGCCUCGCCUGCCCAAACUGCCAUGUCACCCCAGUUUAGUCGCUAAUCUCCGAGAACAGCAGAGGCAACAGCAGAAGCUGGAGGAGGAAGUCCUGCCAGGGUCCUAUCCAGAUUUCCAGCCCUCCCAACCGCUGUCCUGUGAGGAGAGGUGUCUGUACAAGCAAUACCAGAGCGGUUGGAACAGCUAUGGCCGGAGCCUGCUCUCUGACCCUCUAACCCAUAACGACCGCCCAGAGGAUCUGGGUCUUGGCCCACGCUGCCUCCCCUCAUCCUCAUGGCAGCCCAGUGGACCUUCCCACUAUGCUGGGGAGAUGGGUCUCACAGAGGGGCUGUCAGAGAGGUUGGCCCACGUGGCUCGUGUUCCAGCAGGUCGAAGGGUCGGCUAUGGACCUGUUCAUUCCCGGACCAAUUUAAUGGAGGCGGAGCUCAUGGAUGCUGACUCUGACUUCUGAGAGCAUAGCUCCAAUAUACUGCUUUGUGGUACACAGACAGUAAGCUGCAAAAAGUGCUGGAUACUUUCAUAAUUCUUACUAAAGUGCACCUAAUUCCCAAUUCCCAGAGGUCAAGACGGAACUAAGCUGGUCCGUUUUUUUUUAUUUUCUUUUUCUUUAGAUUUUGUUUUUUUAGAAAAAGCAAAGGGACAAAGUGAACAAAUAUGUUGUGAAUAAGUUAAUGAUAAAAUAUUUUUUUAUACUUAUAUUUGUGUCCAAUAAAAGUUCAAAGGCAACUCUGUGAUGACAAGACAAAUGAGGCAGCUAAACUUUAUAUGGCUUGAAACUGAUAUCUUUAUUCUGAACCCCCUAUGCAUUCAUCUGCCAACUCAACCCUGUCCGUGAUAUUAACCUAUAAAGAUGGCAGGAUAAGUCAAGGUGUCAGUUGUUUGAUACUUGUUUUUGUAAUUACCAGCAAGGACAUUUGAAGAUGUAAAUAGUCAGUAAAACUUUUGAAAGUCAGUUAUAUUCUUAAUCCUGGAUUAACUGCUUGUGGCAUAAUUAUUUGAACUAUUUGAAUAGUUGAACCCUUGUCACAGGGCUCAGAUUCAAACAGAGGAUCAUACAGGUUAAAAAAAAUUCUAUGGGCUACUUGCAAAUACUCUUUAACCCAGGUCCUCUUAAGCAUUAUGUUUUAAUGUCCAUUUUUCUCUUACUACUAUUUAGCCAUUAAUUACUUGUGUUUAUGUGCAGUUAAUUUGAGGUACUAAUCGUUAUCUCCCUUGCCGUAUUAAUACUCAUAUCACAGAAAUUAGUGACUUUAAGGGGUUUCUUUAAGAAUUUGUGACACACACUGGGACUUUAACAGAAGCCAGUACUAAAAUAAAUUGUUAAAUUUGUAUAAGAUAUCUUAUCCACAAUUGGGUGGGUCUUUUGUUUUAAGUUAUCUUCAUUUCUUCACAUUGUAAUAAUUUACUUCAGAUUCAAACAGGAUAACCUAAAUUAUGAUCCUCCUUAUUUUUCUUGAUUUUGUUCACAUCUGCAAAUGAAUACUGACAUGAUUUUAUUAACUUAACUCCUGGCUGAAAAGCUGUGUUUUGCUGACCUUGCUGGUUAAAAGUUUUAUGCCUGUUUCACCUUUGACCACACCCAGCGGUGAUGUCGCCGGGUACACCUGUGCGUCACUGCAGCAGGGUGAAGUAAAACCACUGGGUGACGGCAAAGACACGCCUUUGAGGGGUUGUUAAGUUACUCUUUAAUCAGCUAGUAUACAAAAUGUUACCGAGCUAAAAUUCAUACUAACAAUUUGAAUGGUGCAAUAAACCAACAGUUAGCUCAUUGUGUGCUUGGAGAAAAAUGGAUGAAAUGGACAAUGACAAAUGAGUUCAGAACACUUUUCCUCGUACAAUUAUUUUUAAAAGUGUUAUUUUUUUUUACAGCAGUAUUUCUACUUUGUUUGUCUGUUGUACAUAUUUAAUCUAAACUGGUCGUCAUAUGUGUUUCUUCGUCAGUCCAGUGGAAAAUCUUUUGUAUGAUGUAUUUUAGACUGCAGUGAGCUUAGAAGUUUACUUUUUACUCUUGUCUUUCUCUUAAAUGCAUCUAUUUUUCAGUUUCUCUCUUUCUAAAUGUGUGUACUGUAUAUAGGUUGUUCAUAGAUUUCCCAAUAAGGGGAUUAUUUGUACAGAUUUAUAUAUCAAAUCACUUGAUUACUCUGCUGAUAUGAUAAAUAAAAAGGGAAAAGUCAACUAUGCUAUAAAAAGUUGUCACUGUACUUGUGCUGUAACCAAAAUUUCACCUAGUAUUACACCCGAUAUGGAUAAAUGAUGCUGAAGUAGACUGUGAUAGACCUCUUCUUAGCUGAUGCAAACUAGUUUGUCUAAUGUUAAGUGUCUUGUUAUUCAUGUGAUGUGUAUGAUUUGAUGAUGAAUUAUUUAUGUUAUUAGUUACCACACUGCUUUCAUUUAGAAAUGUUUAGUAAGUUUGGCAUCAAAAAUAAAGUAUAGCCGAUAUCCACCCAAAAAGUUUAUGUUCAAAGAUU